AUGCUGCGGCUUUUUCUUUUAAUGACUAUUGUGGAGAUAUGUGCUGCUCAAAUUGAUAUCACCCUGUCAGUUUAUACAGUUACUUCUAAAACCCUGACGAUGGAGUGGACUCCAUUCCCUGGUGCCAGCUUCUAUAAACUCAAGGCAACACCAAAGAACUCCCCCCAAGGGCAAGUGUUUGUUCAGUUUGGCCAUAGCACCAUCCUGGGCUCCAUCACCUCCCUCACCCCAAACACACAGUACAUGGUGCAAAUAGAGGCCAUAGAUGACCAAAUGGCUGUCCUCGUCAGUGGGGAAACUGAUGCUUUAACAGCUCCUGAAAUUCCUGUUAUAAGUAGUACCUAUUCUAAAUCGAGUGAAAGCAUCACAGUAGAGUUCCCGCUGGUCACUGGGGCGACGUCUUACAUCUUGAGAGCUGAGUCCAAAAUUGGUACUUUCUUCUCCGAGACUCGUGUGCUGGGCUCCCCAGGCACCAUAGAGGGUCUCCAGGUUUACACAGAGUACGAGAUUAGCAUCAUGUCCAGGAAUGCAGGGGGGCGGAGCCAACCCUCUUACCCAAGUGACCAGAGAACAGUAAUUGCUCCACCAGACUUGAUAACCACAUCUCCGAACAGUACCUCGAUUGUGAUCAGAUGGGCCCCAGUGGAGCAUGCUGUACUUUACACAUUUAUAAUCAUCCAAGAAGGCUCCACUGUCCACAUUGACAGAAACACCAGUGACACAGAACUGGUGAUCAGUGGCUUAAAACCAGGAACUAACUACACCAUCAAGGCACAAGCACUGGACGAUAUGGGACGCCCUGGAGAUGACCAAACAUUCAGCCAAAUCACACGUCCAUCCAGCCCUGAUGUACUUGAUGUUCAGAUCAGCCAAGGCCGGUCAAAUACAAUGGUGUACUGGGAAGCGGUAAAAGGAGCGACAUACUACACUGUCUGGACCACUAACAAACAAACAUGCAACGGCACAAGUCCCAGCUCCUGUAUUCUUGAACCGGUGGAGUGUGGUCAGAACCAGACCCUCUCAGUGACAGCUUACAAUGAUGCCGGACCCAGUGACCCGUCAAACCCAGCGCUAUAUCUCACUUACCCCUGUCCUCCAAAUAACACCAGAGUUGAGGAGUAUGAGCCUGGGAACUGCUCUGUUAUAUGGGACGAGGUGGAAAUGGUGGACUACUACAUGGUUUUUGUGAAAGAUAACGAUGGCAACGAAAAGCUGUGUAAUACUACUGAGACCAGCUGCUCAUUCGAGUGCAUGUGUGGCCACUUUUUCAUCAGCAUUGUGGUCCCCUAUAACUUAGCUGGAGGCAGCCCUGUGGUGGAACUGGUCAACUACACCACAAUCCCUUGUUGUCCAGAGAGCAUUAACAUUACACUAGUUUCCUCUGAGACGGUGGAGAUCGAGUGGUCAGAAGUGAGUGGAGCUGAGCUGUAUGCGGUCACUGCAGAAGAGACAAAUGACAUCAUCCACUGUAACGACACUGAGAACAUCUGUGCCCUAUCCGACCUCGAGUGUGACACUACAUACUCUAUUAAGGUAACACCAUGCAGCGAAAUAAGAGGAUGCAACAAAACCUGCAAGGCACACACACAAGUGACAGCUCCCUGUGCUCCUGAGAUCAUUAAUAUUACACAAGUGAAUGAAGAAACAUACAGAGUUCACUUCAGCACCCCCAACAGAGAGGGCACAGUGUACACCAUCACUGCCUCUGUCCCUGGUACAACUCAGUCUCAUGUUUGUACCAGCACAGAGAGCUCCUGUGAGCUGACAGGCCUGCCCUGUGGGACCAUCUUUGAGGUAAUGGGGGUGGCCCAGACAAAUGGUGGAGGAAGAAGUCUUCCUGGUUAUGAUGAAAUAUUGGAAACAGGUCCGUGCUGUCCUCAGAGUGUUGUGGUGAAACAAGUGACUCAGGCUAUGACCAACGUGAGCUGGACCGAAGCGUCUGGCGCCCGCUCAUUCAUAACUAGUUUGAAGUCACGGCGAGGAGAAGCCAAGUGUCACACUGUGGACAACAGCUGCCUAAUGGGCUGCAUCACCUGUGGCACCAACUACACCAUCAGCAUGGAGGCCAUCAGCAGCACAGGACACAAGUCGGAGUGCAGUUACAAUGGCUUCUCAUCAAGUCCCUGCUGUCCAACAAAUAUCAAGCUUUAUCGAAUACCAGGAAAGCUCCAGUUAAGGGUAUACUGGAGGUCUUUGGGCCCACACAUCUACAACCACAGUGUUAAAUUAACAGGGAGAAUGGCUGACCUGAACUGUGAGGCUGCUCCUGGAGUCAGAUACUGUGAUGUAGAGGAGAGUGCCUGUGGAAAUGUCUACACAGUAUUGAUAACUCCUGUGCUCCCAGAUGGCACCAAAGCUGACUUCUGCCAAGAGAGAACAUACUCAGUUCCCUGUCCUGGAAAUGCCGACAUAUUGAUGGUUAAUGUGUGACGAUAGAAACAAGAAACAAUUGUGAAUUUUCUUCAACAUCAUUUGCAUGAAAUAAGGACAAAAUCUGCGUUCAACCUGUUCAAUCUGUGUAGCUUAUGAUUAUUCUAUUCAAAAUCAAACCUGAAACUGGUGUUAAUGAUCAAAUAAGUGUAAAAAAAAACAACAACUCCUACAUAGCAAAAAAUGUGUUUUCAUAUAAAUGUGGACAAUUCAUGGUUACUUUUUAAACUUAUUGACGUGUAUAUGAGUCCUCCAGCCAUAUUAUAACAGUGGUAUAAUAGGAAAGUAACUCUUAAAACAUAAAUAUUUUAGGACACCCCUAAGUAGAGAACCUCCACAGGCUGUGGCAGGAUGACCCUAGCGUGUUGGUUUCUGUGCUUGUAGGUGGAGCAGCACAUAGAUCCAUAUUAAACUGGGUUUGUUCACUGUCCUGUGGAUGAUACUAUGUUUAUCUGUGAUUACUUCAAUUAACAUAAUACAA